GUGAAGUGGAGGGUGAAAUGUUAGCUAGGCUAUUGUUUGUUUUUGUUUAUUUUGUUCAAGUUCAACCAUUACGAAUAAUACGAUACGAUGGUUCAAUCAAUGCUUGGACGGGAUUAAUCUUAACCUAAAAAAACUAGUGUUGGGGUAAAGACUCAUUAUCUUAUUAUUUUAAUAAGUAAAAUGUUCGAAAAUAAUGAACAAAGUGAAAGUGACUGUGAAUAUAAGUUUAGUAGGCCUAAUUCCCCUUCCCCAGAAGAGUUAGCGGAAGCGACAAAACAAGUUUCAUUGUACCUAUUACCCGAGAAAUCUAAAAGGAAAUAUGAACGCUGUUAUGAACUGUUUUCUUCUUGGUGUGAAAGUAAGAAGGUUACUGAAUUAUCAGAAAGUGUUUUUUUGGAAUAUUUUGCAGAACAAGCAAAAGUGAUGAAGUCUUCAACUAUUUGGAGCUAUUAUUCGAUGCUCAAUAAAACAAUUCAAGUUGAACAUGACAUAAACAUUAGCAGUUACAAAACACUUGGAUCUUAUUUGAAAAAACUGUCAUUAGGCUAUAAGCCCACAAAGUCAAAGCCGCUGUCCAAAGAUGAGUUUGAAACCUUUAUUAAAACUGCUCCCGAUGAAAUAUAUCUAAUGAAGAAGGUAGUAUUAAUAUUGGGAGUAGCUGGUGCUUGUCGGCCAAACGAGCUAACUAAAAUGUCGGUAGAUGACAUAGAUGAUAAAGGUUAUAUUUUAAUAAUUAAAGUAGCAGAUUCACAAACCAACAAAAAACGCAUCUUUACUUUAACUGAUGACGAUGAUUUUGAUACAAGUUAUUUGGAAUUGUACAGGAAAUACCUCAAAUUAAGACCUGUAGACGUACCGACGAGUAGACUAUUUUUGAAGUACUCUAAAGGUGUUUGUAUUAGACAACCUGUAGGUGUUAAUACAAUAGGUAAAAUCCCAACUGAGGUAGCUACUUUUUUAAAGCUGCCUAACCCCGAAAGGUACGAUGGACGCUGUUUUAGACGGACUUCAGCAACAUUGUCGGUUGAGGCAAGUAGAGGUAACAUAUUGCAGUUAAAGCGUCUCGGAGGAUGGAAAAGCUCAGUUGCCGUAGCCAAAGCCAAGAUUGCAACUGGACAGUUACAGUCACCAGAAACGGCAACAGUAGGCCUACAUCAUGAAACUAGUCAACACGAAGAGCAUUCCGAAGUGUCUUCUGCAUCAGGAAUGGGUGGUAAGACGAACUCUAUGAUCAAUAACACGAACAACUCCAGUGAAGGUGACACCAGUUUUGGCUAUACAUCAACUGUGUGUAUUCCAUACAACCAUGGAGGGUGGGAAAAGAAGCAGCCCUUACCACACUCUAGCACACUCGCAAAUAUUUCAUCCGAGAGUUUCGUCAGAGAGGACCAAUAUCUAUCAAAUGUUUCCGGAACAAGUUCCGCCACCCAGGAUGAUACAGAGAAUCACGAUGAAGAAUCCAACAUUGACGGAGUUUUCCCUGGUGGUGAAAAUGAUGCUCUUGUGUCCUUCGGAAACUACCUUGUUUCAUUGCUGAGACGGCUUCCUCUAGACAAGUCUUACCAACUGCAACAACAGUUUAUAAGUGACACCAUCAAUGCCACAAUUCAGAUGGAUAAAGAGACUUGUCAUAUGUGUCAGAAUAAGAAGAAAAAGGCCGAUCUAAAUAAGCAGUUUCACCGACCUUCAGCACAUGGAGAUAGAAGAGAAUGUUCAACAGCCGAAGGGCUUUUGAAAAACAGCGGACACCUAAUACAGAAUCUUCAACCGAACAAAAUGUUAAGUGCUGGAAGAAGUGAAAUAUCUGAAAGGCAGGGAGAAUUUUCACCUGAUGUCUCCAUUAAGGGGGAACCCAUCACCAGCCUAGUGAAGAUAGAAAUGGACAAUGACUUUGAAACUGUUUAUUGUAACGGUCAACCAACUUAUGACUCUACUGGAAUUGCUGAUAGUCCUUGAGAGAACCAAGACUUAUUUCAGCCAAUUAACAACAGGCCACAUGACAAAGCUAUGGUCCAAAGAUUGUUUUAAUGUUGUGAAGACACAUUACAAACAUUGGGUCGUUCGGCACAAGGAAUAAAUGCACAUGAAGGAACUUACUGUAAAGUUUAAUUUUUAAUUUUUUAAGUGUUAAGUUUCUGUUUCUGUGCUUUGGAAAGUGUCCUUUAUAACAAUAUGUUAUAUUUAUAAUCAAACUAGACCAACUAGUUAAUUCAAGGAUUGUCAAUGACUUACAUAUUGGUCUGUUUAGUUUUUAAUAAGCAAUAAAAUUGCUUUACAGUAUUAAUCAUUCCUUCAGAAUCUGUCACUUAUUAUUUUGUAAAUUGUUGGAGCGUUGGAGGAUAACGUUAUGAACGUUUUGGAAGUUGGUGAGUGGGUCUCUUCCAUAGGUGUAAAGGUUUCAAUCAUAUCAAUUGCAGAUAGUUUUGCCUUAAGAAAUAGGGUGUUGGUCUUUAUUGCAUUUUUUUUUAAUUCUUUAAAAAAGAGAACUGUCUGUGUAUUAGAGAUUUUACUAUCCUAUAGAAAUAUCCAUAUGAUGGGUUUCUAUAGUUAUUUAUUGAGUUUUGUUAUAUUUUAUCUCAAAGUUUUUGAACAAUCAGCAAGUACCGUAACGAAAUAGUAGUUUACGCAACAAUUGCGUAAAGAUAGUGUUAACGACACGAGUAGAAAAUUUAAGGUACGAGCCUUGGCGAGUGCCUUAAAAACUUCUACGAGCUUAUUAACUAUUUUCCUCCUCCCAUGUACCACAGAAGUAAGGUACAGAGGAAACAUUGGAUGUUACACGUGGUGUCUAUCACUAGUCGCUGGUGUCUAGGGCAAAGUCCAACUCCAUCACCCUCACCCUCACGACAACAACGCUCAUGGUUAAGGACAACGCAGUGUGAUAACAAAUUUCCGAACAGUGCUCGCUGCUCAGGCCCUUCCUUGCUGCAAGUAUAUUUCCUGCUUAACAUACUAGAGUUGAACUGCACGGUUGUUACUAAAACAAGAUUCCUCUGUACCUUACUUCUCUGUACAUUUACUUUACAUUUUGACUUGACAAAAAAGUCUCUGCAAAAUAAUUGCUUUUGUUGUAUCUUUAAAAAUUUUAUGUUUGUUGUUGUAUAUUAAUUCCUGUUUAUGUUUCCACAUGUAAACCUGGCAUCACAAAAUAAAACAGUUUUUAAAACUA